UGCCGUGAGCCACGCCGAAAAAACACCUACGUUGUUUGAAACAAAAUAUAUAUGUUUUUCACUACUAGUUGCUGAUGCUGGGCCUAAAUGAAAUUACUUGACUUGACUGCCCUUGAAUCCAAAUCGGGAAUAGUUUUGAUUUCUUUGUUCCAUUUACACGAAGUUUUUGCACUGCAACGUUGCCUCCGUUGCCGGUUAGAAGGCAUUACAGUUUACAGAAACAUAAAAGAAGAAAAAAAACCCAGGUUUUUCUUUUAUCCAACAGAUUGAAUGGAAAGCAUCAAAUGGGAGAAGAAACCAAGAAGAUUAGCAAAGAAGAGGUAAUUGCAAAACUCAAGGAUGAUGGUGAUUUCGACAAGCUCCGUCUCAAAAUUAUCCGCAAGCUUAAGGACAACGAAGAAUUACGCAACAACAUCAUUGCAGCUGUGAGGCAGUCGGCAGCACUUAAUCGUCCAGGUGCUGAAAACAUGAAACUAAGGCAACUAUCAGAUGCCAUAUAUGAUGAGGUUGGGAACAAAGUGAUGGGCCAAAUUUCUGAUAGUCUAUGGGAAAUAAUCAGAUCAGAAGGUGGAAUGAGAAGUGGAAUAACAGAAACAGUACAAUCUGUGUACAAUAAAUUAGCUAAUCCUCAAGGGAAAGAAAAGGGUGAAUCAUCUAUCCAUGAAAUGGUGCCUGUUGAAAAGGAAGCUGAGAAUAAUCGUAUCAUUAAGGCCACAGUUGGUAGAGUUGAUGAGACAUUAUCUGAUGGUGAACCAAAAGAACCACCAGGUUUCUCUCUGUCCAAUAAUCGUUACAGCAACCACCAUCAGCUGCAGCAUAAGGCAAAACAGCAGCUUCCUAGGCCUUAUAGUAAUGGAGCUCUAGAAAACUGUAAGGAAGAGCCCCGUCACUCACAGGAUGGGAAGGAACAAGAUGAUGUUGAUGUUGGUGUGCCACCUGGCUUUUCUGAAGAUAUUAACCGGAAGCAACCAUGUGAUGUCAGUGAUGAGGACCCUGAUGUGCCUCCUGGAUUUGGUCGAUGAGAGUCAACUUGCAAGUCAUUUCCCAUAACCAUCGUGGAGCUGUAAAUGUGGCAGAGACUUUUCAGUGAAUGGGUCAGUAAUGUGCUAAUGAGACAGUAUACCUUUUUUUCUGCUCUAAAAUGCCCUAAAAUGCUCUUCUUUACAUGGCAGUCAGGGGGGGAGCUCCGAAUCUGCUAUGUGUGAUAACCAGAUGCUAUUUUCUUUCUUUAAUGAGUUUUUCUCAUGCAUGUCUUCUUGACUUGAUCUUGAAUAACUUAUGAUAGCAUUCUUGAGAAUCUGCUAGUUGUUACCAACAUUUUAAGAGGCUUUGCUUUUUUAUAAGAAUAAUCAUUCUUAUUGUCAAUUGUUGGUGUGGGAAAACACU